AUGUAUUGUAUAAUAGUGUGUGUAAUACAUGUGUUUGUCGUGUAAUUGAUGUCAAGUGUUGUCUAUUGAGCGGCAAAUUGUUAGUCAAAACAAAAGUCAAUACAUUUGCAGACAAAACGUCAAGACAUCGACCAAAACAAGUAAAUUAUGGAUCAAAGCGGAGGAUAUUUUGUCAGUCAAUUUGAUCCCAACACCAAUGGACCCGCAAAUGCCGGUCAGUCCGGUGGCCAAAGUGGUGAUCGCAAGAAUUUGGUGGCCGUUUCGUUGUCACAAGUGGUUCACUGCACCCGAAAAGAUGACGGACUUGUGAUUCACAGACAAAAGGUUCACUCGUUGACCACUAUUGGACUUGUCGUUAGUAUUGAAGAGUUGACCACUAAAAACAUUUACCGAAUCGACGAUCAGACACGAGGAGCGCCCGUUGAAGUUCAAUACUGGAAGAAUGAUGACAAUGAAUCUAUGAAUAGUCGGUACAUAAGUCCGCCGCCGAUUAGUGAGAAGACAUACGUUCGGGUGAUCGGACAGUCCCGAUAUGAUGACAAAAAGCCAUUCAUUGUGGCCUUUCGUGUCGAACCCAUUACAGACCCGAACGAGAUUUAUAUGCAUUUUCUCGAAGUGAUCACCGAUUCAAUUGUUCUCCAGAGACGCAAAAAUGAGACACUUUCGGCUUCAAUGAACAACUCGAUGGAUACCAACAGCUUCUCAAUGAACAACUCGACCAUAAAUGCCGCUCAUAUGCAAGGAUUUACUCCCAUUCAGAAGACUGUUCUCAAUCUUAUAUCAAAAGCAGAUCCAAUGAGUGCAGGCAUUACUCGACAAGAAAUUAUGAGUUCAAUUCCCGCCGUUGGUCCAAAUGAAAUCACUAAAGCCAUUGACUUCUUAGCAAAUGAAGGCCAUAUCUUCAGUACCACCGAUGAGGACACUUUCAAAGCAACCGACUCUUAGAUUUUUGUUUAUUAUAUCAAUUAAAUCCUCAAUUAUUAUGUUUUUAUUUCAAAAUUAUUAUCUAUUUAAUGAAAGUUAUUAAUAAAUAAAUUGUAUUCA